UCUCAACUCAACUCAACUUUAUUUAUAGAGCACUUUAAAUACAACCAAAGCUGACACAAAGUGCUGUACAUAAUAACAUAAAAACAUACAACAACAAUAAAUAGUUGUUUUAAAAUAUAAUAAAAAGCAAUACAACAAAUACGCUGUCAUGCUGCGUCAAAAGCCAAGGAGUAAAAAUGGGUUCUUAGACGGGUUUUAAAAAUGGACAGCGAGGGGGCUGUUUAAUCAGUCUGUUUAAUAGGCCUGAAAUGAGAUGUAGCUCGCACACACACACACAGGUGCUAGCACGAUGGAGCACUUUAACUUUUAGGGUUUUAUCUUGUUUACUGUCAACUAUUUAUUUGUUGUCAUAGCUAUUUAUUUUGAUGAUACCUAUUGUGUGUCCUGUCAUAUCUGUUGCUGCUGUGACAAUACAAAUUUCCCCUUUGGGGAUCAAUAAAGUUCUAUUCUAUCCUAUUCUUCGAAAAGUGCAUCGGAGUGAGACAACUUUCUCAGUUCCUAUCUUUGAUCGUGUAAAAAAAAAAAAAAAUCUGAAAACGUAACUUUUGCUCAAUGCGCGCGCUCUGGUGUGACAUAAUGGGAGAUACGAGCCUUGAAAAGCUCGAGGCGGCGCGCGCAGUCGGUUAUUCUCAGACCCUGCUCGCGAACAGAGGACAGUUAAGGGGAACAGUUACCUGACGGACACAGGCCUUUUCAUUUAACACACUUUAUAUUUUACACCACUUCGCUUUUGUUUCUGUGAGGUAAUGGGCAGGGUGGCGCUCUGACGGCUUUACUACUUGAUAUUUUUGACAUUUUUGGAAAUAAUGAUGAAGAAGGACAUGAAUUUAAGCAUGGCAGAGGACUCGGACCUCAAACCGCAUCUCCGUGACACCGACGGCAUCCUCAGUUCCCCGGAGCUGGGACUGCUCAAACUGGCGUCCCCGGAGCUGGAGAGACUCAUCAUCCAGUCCAACGGAAUGGUCACCACGACACCCACCAGCACCCAGUUCCUGUACCCAAAGGCGGUGACAGAGGAGCAGGAGUUCGCCGAGGGCUUCGUGAAGGCGCUGGAGGAUCUACACAAGCAGAACCAGCUGAGCGGAGCCGGGCAGACGAACGGAACCCUGGAUCUGGGCUCCAACAUCGCGCCGGUCACCGUCCAGCCGGAUCUACCGGUUUACACGAACUUGAACACUUUCGGCUCUGUGCCUCUGGAAACCACCGUGAACUUCUCCACAGACACGGUGUCUUUCCCUCCGCCUCCUCCGCCGCAGCAGCAUCUGGGGGCAGCCCCGCCACAGCCGGAUCUCUCACGGGUCCAGCCGCCGAAGGAGGAGCCUCAGACGGUCCCUGACGUUCAGAGUUUCGGGGAAAGUCCGCCGCUGUCUCCGAUCGACAUUGACUCACAAGAGCGCAUGAAAGCCGAGAGGAAGAGGCUCAGGAACCGCAUCGCGGCCUCCAAGUGUCGGAUGCGCAAACUUGAGCGGAUUUCCAGGUUGGAGGACAAGGUGAAAACGCUUAAAAACCAUAACACCGAUCUGGCGUCGACGGCGAGUCAACUAAGGGAGCAAGUGGCCCAGCUAAAAGAGAAAGUCCUCACCCAUGUCAACAGCGGCUGCCAGCUGCUGCCACAUGAGGUCCAAGUGCACUAGCGAAGCAAAAAGACAGAUGUUGUACACUGACCAGCGUAUAAGCUUCAUGGACUUUGGUCAAUGUUUCGUUGGGUAGCUUGAGUGGGCCUAGCUGCGCACCGUCCACUAUGGAUGGACGUCAGGCAACCCAAACCGAACCUUACUUUAAUUAUCGUAAAUUUAAAUGGCUUUGAGCAUUUGCGGGAUAUUAACCAUACUUGGUAGAACAAGAUUGAAUAGAAACGGUGCUGACUCUAUGUUGCUUCCAUCGGCGGGUGGAUGAUUAAUAAAAUAGUGCGGUUGUGUUUUUAUUAGUUACAAAGAUUCCAGCAACCGCAAUAUUUUCAGUCUUCUCCGCCUGGUUGAAAGCAAGAAUCACUAUUCACCAUUACUGGAUUUUUAAAUUGAUAAGUGUCCAGUAAGUCAAUCAGAAUUAUGCCGAAUUUAAGAGUGUUUGUCCCCAUUGUGUUUGAUGUAUGAAAUCCUGUUCUACCUCGUAUGUUGGCUGACUUGUGACCAAGGCAGUUAUAUUUUGGAUUUUUUAAGACGUAAUCUGGUGACAACUUCCCUGGUGAGAAAAGGAGCCAAUUUUUGUGGCUACAUGCUCAACAUAUCUGGAGUUUUCUUGUCUUGUAUAAAUGUUUACAGACUGGCUUUGUCUAUUUACAGUCUCAUGGACCACGUUUGAUAUAUAAGAAAUAAUCUAUAUGAAUGAGUAUUUACCACAUAUUUCUGUAUGGAUCAAUUUGCAUGUUGUUGACAUACUCGAAUGUUGCCCACUGUUGGGUGUCAAAGGGUGCAAUUUACCAGUGUUUAAUAUUCUAAAUCUUUACAAAAACAUAUUUAUGUAUUUUUUACUUGAUUGUGUCCACAUAUGUCAGUGUGUUCUCGUUUUUAUGUGAAGAAGUGUAAUGUUUUUGUUGCACUGACUGUUGCUGUCUCCUCUGGCCUACAGUUAUUUGGCUGUGCACUGCUGUGUUUUGAUCUAAAUGCUGCUCGGCAAUAAACACUGUUUCCUCUAUUUUGGCAACUGUUGAUUUUUUAUGAUCAAAGUCACACACACAAAACACAUAAUAGUAAAGCAAAAUAAACAAUGAUGCCUUAAAUGG